AUGCCUGUUGUUAAGAAUCAUACUAAGCAAAAGGGUGCUCAAACCAUUUGGGAUUUCACAAGCAAAUUUCCUGAUAGUUUGACUGUUGAAAGAUGGUUAUACGAUGAAGGGAUUUACUGCAAGUCGAUGAAGUGCAAGGCUGGAAUUGACAUGAGGUUGAUUGAAGUCAAGAAAGAUGGACAACCAAACCUCAUAUGGAAGUGCACCCAUCGCCCAUCUGAACGCUGCAACCGUCAAAAGAAGUCUAUUCGUGAAGGAAGCUUUUUCUCAGGGCUCAAGAUCGGCAUGCAUCAAGUUCUUGGUAUUGUGUGGCUCUACCUUUACAAGUUGGAAUUCCAGGCUAUUCAAGACCUGACGGGUGUAUCUGCACCAACCAUUCGUGCCGUUGUGCGCUUGCUAUAUCGUUUGAUGAAUGCCGACAUCAAAGACGAAGAUGUAUCUGUUGGUGGCAUUGACGAAGAUGGCAACCGCAUCAUUGUCGAAGUGGAUGAAUCUAAGUUUGGCAAACGUAAAAGCCACAAAGGCCAUCGUGUUGAAGGUGUGUGGGUUGUUGGCGGUGUCGAGCGUACUCCUGAACGCAAGAUUUUUGUGACAACCGUCGAAGAUCGCAAGAAGGAUACUUUGCACCUGAUCUUGAGUAAUUACAUCAAAGAAGGUAGCGAAAUUCGAACGGACUGUUGGAAGGGGUACAAUGGUCUCGCACGUAUUCCUGGCAAAGGCUACCGCCAUGAGACUGUCAACCACGCCAAGGAGUUCAAGACUGCGGCUGGUGUUCAUACAAACACCAUCGAAGGAACCUGGAAUGGCAUCAAGUGCAUUAUUAAGGCCCGCCACAGAACAGCUCCGAUCAUGAAGUAUCGUCUUGCCGAGUUCAUUUUCCGUCGCAAGCAUGCUGGGGACCUCUGGGGUGGCAUUAUCAAGGCAUUAAAAGAAGUAUCCUUUGACAAGGUUACUUCUUCGGAUGAUAUAGAUGAAGAAUUCAUGUAUACAGAGGUCAAACUGGAACGUAGCGAUUUGGAUCACGAUGAUUCGGAGUUCAAUGAUAAUACGCAAUGGGAAACCGAUAACGAGGAUGAUGAUGACACAUCAGGUGAAUACACAGCUGACUCUCAUAGGAAACGCCCUAGAGGCCAAUAA